AUGCACGUGGAGGCGUAUCGCCACCAAGUGGGGGGACACUGCCGUCUUCUAAAGCCGAAAGACUCCUCUAAAGUUUGCAAACCCUUAAAUGAAAAUGAGUAUCGUUUCUAUGACAAGUUAGCUUCUCUGGGUGCCCCCAACGCGGAAGCGGGGCCUCUACACAUCUUAAAGCAGUUUGUGCCAAAGUACUACGGAGUUACGGAGAUAGUCUUGCAUGCUACGAUGCAAGACUGGGAGCCACACAGAAGAGGCAGCCACCAGCAGCAGCAGCAGCAGCAGCAGCAGCAACACCAGCAGCAGCAGCAGCAGCAGCAAUCAGGAGACUUCAGGGGACCCCUUGCCGUCGAUGCUGCAGUCAGUAGAGACGCCACAGCCGGGCAAUCCCCAGACCAAAACAACAACAGCAGCAGCAGCAGCAGCAGCAGUAAGGGGUGUUACGCGUUGGCGGUGAAGUCGUGUGGGCCUGCAGAGGAGGCCGCUGGUGCUGCGAGCGGCAGCAGGCGCAGCAGCAGCAGUAGCAGCAGCAGCAGCAGCAGGCGUCCGAGCGCUGCAGCGUUUGUAGAGGAGGCCCCCUUAGGGGGGUUAGCUGUACCCUAUGGGGCCCGCAGCAGCAGCCGAAGCAGCACAGCAGCAAAUGCCAGCCGCAGCAGCAGCCGCGCCCCAUCAGGAGCAUCAGCAUCAGCAGCAGCAGCAGCAGCAACACCAACCAACAGCACCACCAACAAAAGCAAAAACAACACAACAAGCAGCAGCAGCAGCAGCAGCACCAGCACCGCGAGCAGCAGCAACACCAACAGCAGCAGCAGCAGCAGCAGCAGCAGUUACAGUGUGCGUAAUUAUCUACACCAGAGCUAUGCAGCCUUAUCAUUAUCUGGUUACGAUGCUUUUGCUGCUGCUGCUGCUGCUGAUGAUGAUGAUGAUGAUGAUGAUGAUGGUGCUGCUGCUGAUGGUGAUUGCGGUGGUGUUGCUGAUGCUGCUGCUGAUGAUGAUAAUGCUGCUGAUGAUGGUGAUAAUGUUGCUGCUGCUGCUUGUGAUGAUGAUAAUGCUGCUGCUGCUGAUGAUGAUGCUGCUGCUGCUUCUGAUGAUGCUGCUGCUGCUUCUGAUGAUGCUGCUGCUGCUUCUGAUGAUGCUGCUGCUGCUAGGGUUUUGUUUGUUGCUGCGACUGAGGGUUUCAUGGUGCUUUGUUUGUUUGUUCGUUUGUUUGUUUGUCAGUAUUACAACAAGAAGACAGAUACUCUCUGCUACAGAGACAAAUACUGGGGCAGAAAACUCACAAAGGAGAAAGUGCCGCAGGCGAUUCGUCAGUGGUUUUGGAACGGCUUUUCGCUCUACGAAGAUCUCAUCCCCUGCCUCAUGGCCAAACUCACCCUCUUCUACCGCUGCGUGGAGCGUUUGAAACACUACCGGUUUUGGUCUUCGUCUUUGUUGUGGGUUUACGACGGCGGGCUGACGGACGCAGAGGCGCGAAAAUCAUCGCUGGAUAUUCGCAUGAUAGACUUCGCGAACACCAUCUACCUCCAAGACAACCCUUCGCCUGAUGAAGAAUAUCUGUUUGGUCUUCGCAAUUUAAUUGGGGGAUUAGAAACGCUACUGGCGAGCUGCCAGGCAGCAGCAGCAGCCCCUCCUCUACCCUUACCUGCUGCUGCUGCUGCUGCAGCGGCUAAGCAGCAGCAGCAGCAGCAGCAGCAGCAAAACAAACAGGAAAAAGAGAAACAAAAAGAAGCCACAGUAAACCUCACGCUAGACUGGGAGCCGCCAGCAGCAACAGCAGCUACAGCAGCAGCUACUCCAGCAGCAGCUGCAGCAGCACCAGCAGCAGUUGAAGGUGGAUUGAUCUCUUCUCUUUGGGAGGAUGGAAGCAAAUACCGCACAUCGCUUUCAGUUUCUCCUGUUGCUGCUACGCCCCGUGCUGCUGCUGCUGCUGCUACGCCCCGUUCUGCUGCUGCUGCUACUCCCUGUGCUGCUGCUGCUGCUGCUGCUGCUGCUGCUGCUGCGUCAGCAGCAAAAGGUUCCCUCGUUGCCAGCUUACCCCGUACUGUCUCCUGUUCCCCCUCCCGCGAAGAUGAAUCUGCUGCAGACCAGUUGGGGGAUCGUCUCCUCCUUGGGGAUCGUGGUGGGGAUCGUGUGGGGGAUCGUGUGGGGUAUCGUCGCCCCUCUGGGGAUCGCCUUGGGGAUCGUCCCGGGGAUCGUCUUCAACCCCACAAACAUGCGCAGCUCCAACAAGGUCUGGUGCUGCCGGGCAAGGAGGGAGAUCGGGAGCAACUUGUUCCUGCUGCUGCAGCAGCAAGCAGCAGCAGCAAAGUGCAGCGCCAACGUAGCGGUGCUCCUGACGAGGAGGUGCAGCAGAAACAGCAGCAGCAGCAGCAACAGCAGUUAUGGGAUACAGCUGCUGCUUCGCCUGGGGACGUCACGCCGUCUGUAACGGACUUUUCUCCUAAGACUUCAGCAGCAGCAGCAGCAACAGCAGCAACAGCAGCAGCAGCAGCAACAGCGGCAACAGCAGCAGCAGCAGCAGCAGCAGCAACAGGGUUUAAAGCAGCAUCCGAGCUCAAGGGAGAGCAGAAAGAGCCCUCAACAGAACCCGCAACAGCAGCAUCACCGGCAGAGACUCCAGCUGUAGCAGCAGAAGCAACAGCAGCAGCAGCAGCAGCAACAGCAGCAGCAGCAGCAGUAGCGGCAGCCCCCGUGGUUGCUGCGACGGCCUCUUUGAUAGAGGCAGCCGUUGCUUCUUCAGUGAAAGCUGCUGCUGCUGAUGCAGCAGAAGGCCCAACACAGGAGUUGCAGCAACACCCUGCAGCAGCAACAGCAGCAGCAACACAAGCAGCAACGGCAGCAGCAGCAGCAACACAAGCAGCAGCGGCAGCAGCAGCAGCAACACAAGCAGCAACAGCAGCGGUAGAAAGGGUACAAAGCAGCAGACGGCCUUCUUCUGAUGCAGAUGUAACAGCAGCAGCACGAGAUAUUCGCCAACAGUUGCUGCUGCCUUCAGCAGCAGCAGCAGCUGCUGCUGCUGUUGCUGCUACUGCUACUGAAGGCCACAGGGAGCAGCUUUCUUUAGACGUUUGCUCUUUAGAGGCAACAGCUGCUGCUGCUGCUGCUGCUGCAGUUGCUGCUGCUGCUUCUCCUGCUUGCUACACUCCACAACAGGAAGGCUCGCCUUCAGUUGCUGCUGAGCUGCUGCUGUCUGGUGACGUUGCAACCCCAGUAGCAGCAGCAGCAGCGGCAGCAGCAGCAGCAGCAACAGCAGCAGCAGCAACAGCAGCACCAGCGUCUCCAGGGUCUGUGAAGCCGUCGCCUGUCUCUGGUGUUCAGCAGCAAAACGCUUUGCAUAUCUCUCUCUUGCCUUCUGCAGCAACAGCAGCAGCAGCAGCGCCACAAGCAGCACCCCCAGAAGCAGCAGCAGCAGCAGCAGCAACAGCAGCAGAAGAAGAGGAUUCGUUGCUCAUUACAGUGCAGCAUGAGGGAGAAGGCAUCACCACCGAAGAAGAGAAGCUCCAGCAGACGCGCAGCAGCAGCACACGCAAUUGGCAGCAGCAGCAGCAGCAGCAGCAGCAGCAGCAAACCUUGAGAGACCCUUUCAAAGCAGAAGAGUGCCCGGAGUCUCCUUUUGCCUUCACUGCCCUCUUCAGACGCUCUUUUUCUGCGCCGAGUUUGUGUGGAACGGAUGCUUCGGGUCUCUUCGCUGGUGCAGCAGCAGCAGCAGAUUCAUGCAGCUGCAUCUUAAGAGCAGCAGAGGGAAGCAGCGGCAGCAGCAGCAGCAGCAGAAGCCCUUGGGUAGACCCUCCGUUGCUUGCGGGUUUAAUGCUGCGCGUCUUAGAGGAUGCUGCAAGUGAUGUGGUGUGCAGCAACAGCAGCAACAGCAGCAACGGCAGCAACGUGAGGUACUGCAGCAGCGAGAGCUGGAAGAGCGGAGAUGAAGGCUACUGCAGCCGCAGCAGCAGACGCAGCAGCAGAAGCAGAAGCAGCAGCAGAAGCAACAACAACAACAGCAACUGCAGCAGCCGCAGCUCUUCUAUUUCUAUACUGUCCCCCAGAGAAGGUAUGGAGGCAGGUUAUGAAGCAGAAGAUGAUGCAGCAGUAAAAGGGAAGCAAGCAGCAACAAGAAGCAGCGCUAUGAGAGGCAGACGCAGGGAGCAGCAGCAGCAGCAACAGCAGCAGCAGCAGCAGCAGCAACAGCAGCAGCAGCAGCAGCAGCGCACACACGAACGAGGGAUGCGACGCACCUUCCGCCGUGCAGAAAAUCCACACCUUGAAUGGCAGAGGCAUCGGCAGCAUCAGCAGCAGUUGCUGCUGCAGCAAGAGUUGCAGCAGGAGCUGCAGCAGGAGCUGCAGCAGCACCAGCAGCAGCACCAUCACCACCACCAGCAGCGGCAGCAGCAACUGGCAGCACCAAGCAAGCCGCGCAAACGUUCUUGCUCCUCUUUGCCUCGAGUUGCUUCUCAUUUAUUUAAUCAAAUGCUGCUGCGAGACUUCACAACUUCUGGGCGGCAGCAGCAGCUGCUGCAGCUGCUGAAGCGGCAAGCAGAGUUGCACCUAAUGCAGCAGCAGCAGCAAGAGUAUAUGCUUCAUAUGCUGCGGCUUAACAGCAGAGAAAGAAGAUCAGGGAGACUACGGGUUGCUGGGGGUGCUUCAGGAGGAGGGACACGUGGAGGAACGCCAGCAGCAGCAGCAGCAGCUGCAGCAGCAGCAGCAGCAGCAUCUGCAGCAGCAGCGUCUGCAGCAGCAGCAGCAGCAGCAGCAGAAGGGACCUCCACUCAAGCCCCAGGUAGCAGCAGCAGACGAGCAUUAGUUUCACGUCUUAGACAAAGCAAAGGCAGAGGCCCCGUAGCAGUUGUUCAAAGCCUUCGAUGCACAGCAACAAACACCCCGUCAACGAGGAGGAGAUUGCUGAAGCAGCAGCUGGUGCUGGAGCGGCAGCUGCUGCAGCAGGAGGUCUGUCUGAGGAUCUUCCAAGCGCAGCACCAGCAGCAGCGGCAGCAGCACCAGCAUCAGCAACAGCAGCAGCAGCAGCAACAGCAGCAGCUGCAGCAGCAGCUGCAGCAGCAGCAACAAGAUACGCAGCACACUACCCUCUCAGCGCCUUGGACCCCACGCCGCCACAGACGCAGAGAACAACAUAAAAAUAACUCCGCGCCUCAGUCUUCUUCUGGGAUAUGGGGGGCCCCUCCUCUUCCUGCUGCUGCUGCUCCUGCUGCUGCUGCUGCUGCUCUUCCUGUUCCUGCUGCUGCUGCUGCACCGUCCUCUGCAGCAGCUGGAAGGCGGCAGUCUGCCUUGAGCGCAAAUGCCGCGAGUAAUUCAGGAAGCACAAAGAAGAGAGAGUAA